UGACUGACAGUGAAAGUGCCAAAGCUGUUGUGCACGGAGUUGUGAGCGGAAUUUCUAUGCCAUUUCCAGUUCCCAAUGCUGAUGCUUGCCAGCACGGAAAUCUCGAAUGUCCCCUGCAAUCUGGCCAAACGUACAUUUACGAGAAUGAAAUUGAAAUACGUAACACCUACCCUACCGUUCGAGCUGAUGUGAAGUAUGAACUCAAAGAUGCCAAAAAAGAAAAUCUUGCUUGCGUGUUGCUUCCAGUAAAAGUUGUGUAAUUUGUGCUAUUGUGAAAUAAUCUUUUACAAUAAAAAAGCCAAUGAAUUCAGCAACAUAAAAUGUGAUUUUUGAAACUUAACUAAUUAAUGUAUUUUAAUGUGCUAUUUUUAAUAAAUUCAAUUCGAUCUUU